ACAUCGGUAGGUGACAAAAACAGUGGUAGUCGCAUAUAUUCAGCAAUACCAGCAGAAAUACAGACCAGAGGUGUGCCUGAUAUGCGAGUUCCAUCUGCUGGAAGGGUGAAAGAAAAACGUGUGAUAGAAAAUUUCGAGACUAUCCACGUCUCGGAGCUCUUGAGUCCAACCUGCCUCUAAGAUGGAUAACUCCUCGUCUGUUGUUGACAACACUUCAGAGUCAUAUGAUGGGAUCAGCGAUUGCUACUUCCCGGUGAUGAAUCUAACGGACGAGCGUAUCGCAGAGUUCUACUUACUGAAUGCGCUAACCGGCCGGGUGAUCCUGAUAGUCAUGUUCAUCAUCUUAGCUAUCGGUGUUCCAGGGAACCUGACGUUUCUCAUCACGGUGUUCCGGGUGCAGGCCAUGCGCAACGCCACCAACAUGUACCUGACCAGCCUUGCUGUGGUUGACCUUACCUUCCUGUCGAUAAGUAUUUUCACGUACUUCUUCUACUUCAACAACACCGUCCGGACCCAUCUAAUUACCGCUGAUGUGGUGGGUUGCAUCGGUGCCUUCAUCGUCCCCUACUUCACCUACUUCCUGUCCAUCUCUACCGUAACUCUGGUGACGCUGGACAGGUACAACGCUGUCUGCAACCCCAUCAGUUACAUCCAGAGGCGAAACAAACUACGGGCACUUCGGCUCAUCAUCGGCAGCUGGGUAGUUGCCGUACUGCUGGCUGGAUUGGUCAUACCUCGCUUCGCCAGGAAGGUUAAAUUUUGCGCUGUGUGGCCGGACACGGAGAAGUAUCAAGACCUCCCUGUGGUGCUUGGAUACUGCGUCUCUAUCUCGGCGGCUGGGUUGAUAGUCGGGCAUCUGGUGGAGGCGGUGGUCUUUGUUGUGGCUCUGGUGGUUAAUGCGGUCAUGUACGCACGGAUCAUCCUUCACCUCAGCGCCCGAGUCAACAAGAAGAAACAGCAGCAGCAGACGAUCCCUACCCAGGCCACUCAGAUUCGCAAUCAAGUCUCGCGGCUUCUCAUCACCUUCGGUACGGUGUUCUUCCUGUGCCAGGCUCCGUUCGUCAUCAUCUCCUUGGCCAACAUCGUGGACUAUCUCCUUGGCACGCCAUCUGCGGUCACCUACCGGAAGCUUGUUCUCCCGUUGACCAUCAGCCACGUCUUCAUCUUCCUGAAUUCUGCCAUCAACCCGGUCAUCUACAACUUGACCAGCAGGAUCUACCGCCAUGCCUUCAAGCAGACCGUGUGCGGUGACCGCUGCACUCGGAAAAGAUGCGAUAGCGUCACCUCACUACCGAUUGACAAAGCAGACCCGCCCGAUAACAAUAGCUUCGAAAACAGAUUGCAAGAUGAUGAAGAUGAUGUCGAUGCUAGAGAUUCUAAGCUGUAAGAACAAAUUUGUAGCAAAUCUGGUAGCGUAACAUAAUGCAGACCUGGAGGAAAUGAAUAACAUGGGAUAAAAAUAUCCGUUCCUUGAACAACUCACAGGAGAGAAAGGUCUUACCAGAGUGAAUUUGAAUCCACGAUAUCCUGCUGGUUUAUAAACAACUCACUUCAUCCUAUGCGCCAACUGAGUCCAGUGAUAAACACUUGGCGCUUCGCCAUGAAGAUGACAAAAGCUUUGUCACAUGCUCGCAGUCUCAAUACUCUUUAACAAAAUGUAGUCAUUUUAGCACAAAUCUGAAAUUAUAACAGUCAAUUCGGCACCUAAAGACAGUCUGUUUCAAUCAAGGGUUUUCGUCAUGUCUUUGCUCUAGACGAAACUCAGUAUAAGAUUAAUUUUGAUCCAUGAGAACAACAGGACCAACUCCACCUUUUUUGUUACUGCACUUAGAAUCUACACACUAUAUGACACUUUGUGUGUAACAGAAAGGCCUGGGUACUCACGCUUUUCUUAGGUAUUGAACAAAGACAAUAAUAAGUAAUUUGGCACUGUCCUCCACGUAUUUACAAAACGAAAGUUUUUUUGUAGACGCACAAUUAUUGUGUUCAUGCUUCCCUGUGUUGUAGCCGAGUCCUUUUUUCCGAGUACCGAGUACUGCCGAGUACUUAAUAACGUUGUGUGGACAUCCAUCCCCCUGUAUUGUGGGACAUCAAUCGGUUAACUAUUCCAAUUUGAUUGCUUUAAUUCAAUGUGCACUCUUUCAACUACUAGUGGUAUAUAUUCAGGCAGUAGUGUGCGGACUCUCUGCACAAAUUGACUUUCGGAUAAUCAUGUACAUUUUAAUCAUUAACGUUUGUACAGAAUUGAAAAGUGGAAAACAAAAAAAUACUGGUCUUGCUUUGAAUUAUUAAUAAUAAUAAUAAUGUUAGGUAUUACCAUCACCUGACCUAAUUAUUGUUUCUGCGGGGGGGGGGGGGGCAAUAUCACAUGACCACGAUGGACAGGAUUAUUCCCGUUUCCGAAAAAAGGUCGAAGUUUACCGAAUACGUUUUCGUUGACACUCGGAUAUAUUCUCGAUAGAGCGGGUACUUUAGGAUGUACAAUUAUUGUUUGAUUUAACAUCAAAUAUACCUAAACUUGUUAUCAUGCCUGUCCAUGUUGAGUCCAACUAGUCAAGGCUCGCAUUUACGACAUUCAAUACCAGGCGAUGCGAAGUUCCCAGCAUCUGAUGUAGUUAAUGUCCGUCUCAGCCUUUUGCCUCUAGUAUGCGCUCACUCGGUCGAGGACAGGGCUUUGCGGUGUCAAUGUAACGGCUACCUGGUCACGGCCACGAUGACCACAGAGACGUCAUGUGGCUCGUCGGGUCACCAAUUUAACCUGCGGCGCAGAAAUUGUGCGGGUAUAGGCUUUAAUUACGAGUCGGUCAUAUUAAAUUGAAAGCGAGGUCAAAUCUUCAUAUUUCGGAACUUGCGAAUAGAAACGAAAGCAAUGACAUAAAGUUAAUUACAAAUUAAUACCAGUCUCCUCUGAAAUAAUUAAAACUUUGUAAUUAUACAUAGCUUAAUGUUUUAGCCACAUUUAAAAACAUAUCACUGAAAAAGUGAGGCUUGAAACGGAUAACUAGUCUGGCACCAUCCAGUUCAACAGCUAACAAUUUAUGAAAUACAUUCAAGGAACACGAUCAAUGGCUUCCUUGUGAUUAAGGUGUACAGGAAACAAAAUGUAUCUCGGAAGUAAGUUGCUGAUUAUAUACAACUAUGGGCAAUGUGUAUUUCAUAUCAAAAUGUGGCCAAUAUGUACACAUGGGUUUGAUGAAGUAACCACAUAAAAUGGUGAUAUUAACCAGUUGGUGACAUAUCCCGUAACUACUUUAUUGUCCCUCGUGAUUAGAAAUGGUAUUAGUUUGUGUGGUUAUUUCGUUUUUCACAGUAUUGGUAAUGUGCAUUCACAUUUCAAAAUUGUAAGAUGUACAUAUGUAAGUUUGAUGAAAUAAACACAUAAAAUGGUGAUAUUAUCAGUUAGUUUU